AUGAAUCGCCUGAGCCAGGAAGCGAGGGCAAGCCUCAGCCCGGCUGCUCGGGAGGGGCUGCAGCUGGUGUUCAGUGCCCGUGCAGAGGAGCAGGAAAAGCGGAUGCAGGCCUUGAGGUUAGUGGCCGAGAAGCAGAUGAGGGACAUGGAGGAGCUCCAGGCCUCCCAACAGGCUCGCAGGCAAGCCUGGAAAAAAGAGAAAGCCGACCUCGUCCAGGUCAUUGAUGAUGCCAGACACGAGGAGUUCCUCAAGAUGAGCGACGAGUUCACUCAAGUGCAGGCUGACCUGAACGCGGCCAUGGAGAAGCUGCAGAAGGCAAAUGGGGAACGUGAAGCCGUGGAGAAGGAGAAGGAGGAGGAGAAGGAGGUGGAGGAGAAGCAGGAGGAGGAGGAGGAGGAGGAGGAGAAGGAGGAGAGCAAACACAUCCUCUCCCAGCCUGAGGUACCUGCUGCUGCAGAGCCAGACAUGAUGAUGACUGUGGAGGAGACAGGACAAGCUGUCACAGACACCCAGAAGAACUUGUCCCAUGACGACGAGAGGGACACUGACACCUCAGGAAUACUACUGGCUGUUGCUGCCAACAGGCAAAGGAUGCUCAAGGACGUGAAGGAUCAGAAAUGGAUGGAGGGGGAGAAUGUGAUCUCUGAGGUGGCCGGCAUCCCUGAGGACCAAGUGUUUGAGGAGCAACCACAGGACAGCACGCCAUACCCAACUGAUGUGGAGUUUCACCAGCUCCAGGUGGAUAUGGAGUUCCUCCGCUUGGAGAAGCAGUCUCUCUUUGACAAGAUCGCUGCGAGGUUUAUGAAGAAGAAGGAGGGCGUCGCCGCAGAGUUUGCCAAGAAACAGAAGGAAAUCCUGGCUGCUCACGUAAAAGAGAGGAGAAAGCAGAAUGAGAAGAUGAGGAAACAGAUGGAGAAAACACACAAGGCCGAACUUAAAGAGCAGAAGAAACGAGAGGCCAAAAUAAGAAAGGAGGCCAAGAAGGCCGCAGCGGCAGAAGAAGGCAGGCAGACAAGAUGUUGCUUCUGCUUCUGCUUCUAAUCUGUGCUUGAAAUCUCCCCCUCAUUUGACAAGUAACCAAGAUUCAUGUCAUGAUUGAUGCCUGACGAAGAUCCAGGGUGAUCGAAACUUUGCGGUUAUAAUCUACUUUACUAAUCUACUUUGAUUGACAACAUCAGCAAAUCAAAUUGAGUAAAAUGUAUUUCGGUCAAAGCCUGUUUUGAGUGUUUAUGUU